AUGGUUCGGGUUGGUUCUAUUCUAUUUAUCUUCCUUGUCCUCUAUUCCAUUUCUCAUGUUACUAAGAAGACGGAUAUGCCUCACGGCACCAAACGUUUUGGUUUUUUUGUUCAUUUUGACACCUUCUUUUCUUCGAUCCCCCCUUUUUUUGUUGCGGCUGGCUCGAUUACAAUGUCUACUGAAAAAAGUCAAACGGAGAACUGGUUGGUCUUGUUUUAUCUACAGACAGUUAAGAGUACCUCGUCGCGCAAGCGACAUACGCAUGUGCUCGCUGGUGUUCUGUCGGCGCGUGGAUGGACAUUGACUCCAAAUGUCUCGGAACAGGACACCCGAAUAUUUACGUCUUAG